CCAAGGCCUCGACAAACAGAACUACAUUGCCCAAGAGGCAGUGCGCGCAGCCCGUGCGUGUCUCUGCGUCAGGUCUGCUGCUCAGGCAGACAGAGGAGAGAGGGGACUAGACGAGCAUAUUCGGCGAUACAUAGUUGCUGUAGUGUGUUUUCAACGAUUUCGGAAAAGUCCAAACAGGCAUAACCGGCACUUGUCUGGCCCUCUCCAGCGACCCCUCAGCCCCCCUGCCCCGAGACCCUCGCACAAAGAUAUGAGCGGCAGCGGGCGGCCCAGGACCAGCUCGUUUGCCGAGCCACCAGGCGCUCCCGGAGGUGCUGCAGCCGCCGCCGGAUCGACAGUUGCUGGUGGAAGCGCCGCAGGAAAGUCCGGGGCUUCACAGGCCUCUGGGAGCAGCUCAUCCGGGUUUGGUAACUUGAAGAUGAGCAGGGACAGUGGCAAGGUGACGACAGUGGUGGCCACACCAGGCCAAGGGCCAGACCGCCCACAGGAGGUGUCUUAUACGGACAUCAAAGUGAUAGGAAAUGGCUCAUUUGGUGUAGUAUACCAAGCUCGCCUUGUCGACAGCCAGGAGAUGGUGGCCAUCAAGAAAGUACUGCAGGACAAGAGGUUCAAGAAUCGUGAGCUGCAGAUCAUGCGCAAGCUGGACCACUGCAACAUUGUGCGAUUACGUUACUUCUUCUACUCCAGUGGUGAGAAGAAGGAUGAGGUCUACCUAAAUCUGGUGCUGGACUUUGUCCCUGAGACGGUGUACAGGGUUGCUCGACACUUUAACAAGGCCAAAACCACCAUCCCCAUCAUGUACGUUAAGGUGUACAUGUACCAGCUCUUCCGCAGCCUGGCCUAUAUUCAUUCCCAGGGCGUCUGUCACAGGGACAUCAAACCACAGAACUUGCUGGUGGAUCCUGAGACUGCCAUCCUCAAAUUAUGUGAUUUUGGGAGCGCAAAACAGCUGGUGCGUGGUGAGCCCAAUGUGUCCUACAUCUGCUCUCGGUACUACCGCGCACCCGAGCUCAUUUUUGGGGCCACAGACUAUACCUCCAACAUUGACAUCUGGUCUGCGGGGUGUGUGCUGGCAGAGCUCCUCCUGGGACAGCCCAUCUUCCCUGGGGAUAGCGGUGUGGACCAGCUGGUGGAGAUCAUUAAGGUUUUGGGGACCCCCACAAGGGAACAGAUCCGAGAAAUGAAUCCCAAUUAUACAGAAUUCAAAUUCCCACAGAUCAAAGCGCACCCUUGGACAAAGGUGUUCAAGCCACGAACCCCCCCAGAGGCCAUUGCACUCUGCUCUCGGCUGUUGGAGUACACGCCGGUGACACGCCUAUCUCCGCUGGAGGCCUGUGCCCACGCUUUCUUCGAUGAGCUGCGCCAGCCCAAUGCCCGCCUGCCCAGUGGCCGAGAACUGCCUCUGCUCUUUAACUUCAGCCCUGUGGAACUGUCGAUCCAGCCGCAGCUGAACUCCACGCUUAUUCCUCCUCACGCCCGCGCACAAACAGCGCCCGCUUCUCACGAUGUGAAUCUUGCAAACAGUUCCAUGGGAUGAAAACACAAAGAGGGCAGUGUGUCUGACAGUCCAGUCCAGUCCAGCCCAGCACCUGGACCUCUCAGCAACAGCACCUGAACACACUCCUUCUGUUUGUCUGUCAGCUCACCUCCCAUUCCCACCUUCCCCACUUUCUCCUACCUACCCCAUCUUAAUGGCUCCAAACUUGUAAGCUGAUAUUGCACACACACCCGCCACACAUGCUACAUCUCUCACACAAACGGGCACCCAUGUGCAAACUGAGUCCUUCUGUAUGUCCCCUACAACCCCUACCCUUUAAGUAAAAAAAAACAAAAAAAAAAAAAGAAGACAGUUCUAACAUAUAGGUUCAUGCUAGUUGUGCAGUAGGCUAGAGAAUUGGUUAGGUCAGGUCAGUAUAAGCUACCUCCAGGCUUGACCCCCCAGGAAGUCUCUUGUUUUUUUGUGCAGCAUGUGUCUCAUGUCCUGUUGGAGCCAGACCUGUUCAGUGACUGCAUCUCACUGACAAGUCCUUCUUGUCAUGGCAGUUGUCAUUGAAUGCAUAGCUGGGGUUAUAAAGGGGAGGUUGUUUAAAAAUUUUUAUGUUAUUUUUUUAAAUAAAUUUUAUUUAUUUGAACUUCAAACUUAGUUUUUAUGAGUAUGAUAAAACAUUAGUUUGGCAGUUGGUCAUGUGUUUCGACAAAUGACAAUCCCAUUGUGUGGUAUCCCAAGACUUGCGUUCUUUGGAAGACUUUGUUCUGGGCCAACACUGACAUCCAGUGGUCAUCCUUGGCAUCAAUCAAUCUCCAGUCUGCGCUGACAGAUCUAGACUAUCGAUUCCUUCGGUUUUGUACCCGUGUCUGUUUUGAGGGGUCAUGAAGCUCUCUUUCAGUCUGACACCCUCCACCGGAGAAGGUGGGGUUCUGUCGCUUUGGUGCAGACUGUCGUCAAAGCGCUAGAUGUUGUUUCAGUUUGAAUAUCCAUCAAGAAUCUAUCUUUGGGUUGCAUUAAAUAAUCAGGCAAUGUGUGUUUAGUUAUGCUUCAGAAUGGGGGAAAUAAGUGUGGUUUUAUACUUUUUAUGGAAUUAUAUAAAACUGACAAACUUCAUUUACUUACCUAUUUAUUUUUAUAUUUGACAGGAUGUGGUUGGAUUUUUAGAGAUUUUACAAUAGGUAUGAAAAACAGGGAUUUCAAUUGUAUAGCAGCAGUGGCACUCGGUGUCCCAAGUGGGGAGUUGUGGUUGUUGCCUGUUCUGUAAAACUCCAGUUUAAUAAUGUUUUGUGCAAGUCUUACCAUUCUUGAUUUUGGAAGGGACCUUUUAAUGAGAGUAAAUACAUACCCCUACAACUGUUGUUUUCCUUCAAAGUGAAAAAUGUUCCUGGAGUGCAUGCACCUCUAUCUAUAUUUGAUGGUGGCAAGGGGAGCGGGGAGAACUUGUCUGACACAAUAACAAGAGUAAGGGCUACGUGGUUUAUAUGGUCGCCUGUAGACAUGUUAGCGCAGAGAUUUUUUUUUGUCACUUCUUAGCUGUCCUGCAGUGUUAGGGCUUUAUUGAUGUCAUCCUGCUGCUGAUGGCAGCCUGGGAUGCAGUUUUAUUAUACUGGCUGUGUUUACUUGUGACUGGGAGCUCAUAAUCUACCAUAUCUACGAUGAUAUGAGUAGCAGGAGCAUAUGAGCUCCAAGCACAGCAGAUGGAGUACCACAACAUGCAGCAUCAGCCUAGGCCAUUGAGAUGCUCACUGGGACCAUUUAGGCACAGCAUACAUUGUUGAGGUAAAGGGAAGAGAACUGCCUUUCCCAAGCCACCAAAAUGGCCAGUUGUAGCCCAGCUCAUACUUUUCCUUAAGAAUAUCCUGAUAUUAUACUGCGUACCUUGAUGUGUCAGGUGUAUGCGGGGCAGAUGGCUGUAUACAUGGAGUGUGAUGGCUGGCAUACCUCCAGUGGUACAGACUUUUGUCUCGUAUUCGGAGUUGAGUGCAUCCGCUGGUACACCAACACAUUUUUAAUAGCUCUUAACCGUAUUUCGGCUAACUAAUUAUACCCAUAGUGCUUGUUGCAGUUACUAUGAGCAAGGAUUCCACAGACCUCCUCCUUAACCUUAGCCAGAACACCUCCCUGCCCUCCAAUUCCUACCCAGAUAUGCUGCUUCACAAGAGCCACAGCUGGAUCAGACUGCAAACACAAUGAAAACGUAGACCUGACUUCUGGAGCCACUCCUUGUUCCCACCCUCCCCUCUGCUUUUCUCUUACUGCUAACCUGUAAAUAUAAACUACCUUUAUUUUUUGUUAUUGUUAUUAUAUUGUUGUUCUUGUAUUUUCCUUUUCUCUAGAAGAGUAGAGCUGGCUUAACUGGCCAGACUCAAUCUCUCAUUGUCUCACAGUCUGUAAAUAGUUUUAUUUCAAGCCCUUAUUUGGGGGGAAACAAAACAAAUUGUACUGUUUUUUUUGUUUGUUUUUUUUCUCUCUCUCCCUUCAUCUUUCUGGUUGUGUCAUUUUCUUCCCUUAAAUGUUAUUUUGUUGCUUUUAUUUAUUGUGUAACUAUCUGUGUGGGUUCUAGUUUUGGGAGGGGAGAUUUCUAGUUAGGGAAUUAAAGUACUUGCCUGGCAGCUAUUGAAAAAGUUCCAAGGUACAGUACUUGUUCCAAAAUUCCAGAUUAUGGGUGAUAAAGAUCUGGAUCUUAUAGGUACAUCCACCAUAGUCACUGAAUGGAGCCAUACAUAGGUAAAAUGUGAAGGGAAUUUGACAAGACUUUUAAGAGCAUACGCUGAUGGUGCAUGUGUUCGACCUUGGCAGGUUCUUUGUGGGCACAGUGGCAGAAUAAGUGUAUCCAAGUGUUGAUGUCACUAGAGGGAAUGGUAGCAGUUAAGCCAUGGAUAAUAUUGUAGCCCACCCCACUUGUGUGCUCUCAAGUCUCCCUUUCCUUUCAACUGUUCUCCAAGUCUAUGUCUGCAGCUGUACAAGCCUGUAUCUACUGCUUUCUUCUGUGCACAGGUGUGAUUAAAAGGGGAGUUUGACCAGACGAGUUCAUGUCACUGGCCUUCGAAUCUGGGAGUAGGUUUCGUUCUUGGUCAGUGAUUGACAGGAUCGUAGCCUCCCUCAAAUUAAAACUUUUCUUUUUGCAUUUGUGCCAUGGGUUGUUUUUCAUUUUUUCACUUUUUUUCUUUUUUUUUUUUUUUUGGCCCUGCCCAAGAUGGACAAUGGUGCUGGUGAGCGGUAUUAUUGUGGGUAGGGGUGAAGGGGAGGGAGGGAGAGAAACUGUGUUUUUGUUUGUUGGUAUAAAAUAAAAUCAUUAAUAAAGUGAUGAAGCUGCUAUAGGCCUA